AUGAAAAUCUUCGCCUUUUUAGCAGUGCAUUCCUUAGCACAGGAACAGACAUGCAAGGAUUGGGAGCUUGAGGAAAGAUGUCUAGACCAGUGUCGUCUAAUUUACACUGAUUGCACGCAGAACUGCUCUGACAACACUUGCCAGACUCAAUGCGUAAAUCGCUAUUCUGCCUGUAUGGCUGACUGCCCAUGCAAUAUCAAUUGUCCAAACGGUUGUGAUGGAUGUGAUCAUCCCCUGUGCGGUAAUUGUGAUGCUGAGAGCAAUAUGUAUUCACAGCAGUGCAAAAACGAAGCUGUUCAAAAGGAAAGUUUGUGCAAAAAAUCGUGCGAAAUGGCCGACGACGAGUGCUAUUCUCAAUGCCAUCUUGAACUUAUGAACGAUAAGAUGGACUGCCCUUGCAUGGACAACUGUCCAAAUGGUUGUCCCUGUGACAGCUUCAAAUGUCAAUCUUACGUUUCCGUGUUCGGCGAAAACUACCACUACAAAGAGAGUUACGUCAUCAGCGCGGACGGAAGCUUCCGAGAAAAUCGGCAUUACGACUCUCCCCCAGAAAAGGCCAGCUCUCAAUACGGAUACUUCGACAGAAUCGGCCAUGAAAUCUUCCAAGGUGACAUUUACUUUUUCGGGGGGCGCUCUGAUGAGUUGAAAAUCGCCAAACUUGAUGCUUGCGAGGUGGUGGAGCUUGAUGUACGACUGCUAUUUCCUUAUGAUUCCUACUAUGGAGCUUCUACUGCAGAUGAAGAAGAAAUAUACAUUUGCUUCAGCGAGUCUCCCUACAGAUACUGCGAAGGAUUCGACGGAAACCAGAUGCGAGAAAUUUCCUACACAACUGAAUAUUCUCAUCAGAAAGGCUGCAUGGCAUACUACGACGACGAUGUGUACGCCAUUGGCGGCACAAGAAGUAGCGAACCGACACAUGGAGAAGUUGAGAUCCUUGGCUACAGUGGAUGGACUUUGGGAGUUACCAUGAAUGAGAGAAGAGGAUCAUAUGGACACGAAUGUUUAUCAGUCUCCAAUGGAAUCCUUCUCUUCGGCGGUGUCGCCGAAGAACCAGACUAUAACUGGGAAAAGAAGAAAGCGGUUCACUUUUUUACGGGAACAAACUGGUCUGUCGUAGGCUACCUAAAAGAGCGACAAACAUAUCCUUCUGGAGCUGUUAUCGGAAACUCUGUCUUUGUUGUUAGCGGACGAAAAAAACCCUAUGCCAUUGAGCGCUUUGAGUGGAAUGGGUCAAAUGUUACUUCGUCUGAAAUAAUUCACAACCAUAUCGACAAUCUGACCCGUCCGAUGGUUUGGGAAGGUAAUCCAACACUUUGCGAAGCUGAAUGCAACUGA